CCCCCACAAUGCUGCCGCCACCUAAGGGUCCACUCUUCCGCAUGCAGGAAAGGAUGUGCGCUCCUUCCAGUGCGGAAGAAAUGUUUGUCAGCUCCAUGACGAGCUAGGAAGCGGUAAGUCUUCAAGUGUGUGUCAUACGCUUUCAACACCUCAUCUUUCCCAAAAUACAGUCCUCUGUCCUGCGGUUUUUGCCAUGCACUGCGACCUGUCGCUUCGAUACACAUAUUAACGACACAUACGGACGAUGGCACCCACAGCCACUGCGGAACGCAGUCUCGAGGAAGUGGAGAACAACGAUGCGGAAAAUCGUCAAAAGACCUCGAGUGCAUGGCCAAGCAUGCGAGAUGAUGAGAUAGAACGGGGAAUCAAAGACCCUGAGCUGCAACAGCAAGAGAAGGCAUCGCCAGGCCCAGUCCUGGCGAGAGUAUUAUCGCGGAGAUCCGCAGCCUCGUUCGAUCCUGGGCCUGCACCAGAUGGAGGAUUACAAGCCUGGAUCCAAGUCUUGUGCACUCAUUUGACGAUAUUCACGACUUUCGGCUUUUUUACAUCAUUUGGAGUAUACCAGACUUACUAUGAGAACACUCUCGGCAUCAAACCUUCCACCAUCUCAUGGAUUGGUUCGAUUCAAGUUUUCUUCCUCUUUGGUAUUGGCGCAUUCUCAGGGCGAGCAACCGACGCAGGCCUCUUCCGACCCGUUUACAUUGCAGGCACGGUCUUCCAGCUUGUUGGAGUCUUCACUAUGGCCGAAUCUACAAAGCUCUGGCAGCUAUUCUUGUCGCAAGGAGUCUGUCUCGGUAUUGCAAAUGGCCUGCAGUUCUGUCCUUCAAUGGCGUUGGUCUCGACCUAUUUCGUAAAAAGGCGUGCUUUUGCACUGGGAUUUACGGCUUUAGGAUCCUGCACUGGAGGUGUCGUCUUCCCCAUUGUUGUACAACAGUGCUUGCCAAAAUUUGGGUUUCCUUGGACUAUACGAAUUAUCGGUUUCAUAAUGUUAGUACUCAACAUCGUCACAAUAUCGUUAUUUCGGACGCGGCUACCCCCACGGAGAACUGGACCUAUCGUCGAUUGGGCAUCUUUCAAAGAAGCUCCAUAUACGUUGUAUUGCGCAGGCAUGUUCUUUUGCUUCUGGGGCUUGUAUUUUGCCUUCUUCUACGUUGGUUCGUACGGCCGCAACGUCCUCGGUAUGACCUAUGAGCAGUCUAUCAAUCUGCUGCUCGUACAGAUCUGUAUGGGGUUCGUCUUUCGUCUUCUACCAACCUAUUAUGCGGACAAGAUCGGUAGCCUGAACACCCUAAUCCCAUUUGCCUUCAUCUGCGGCAUCAUGAUGUACGGCUGGAUUGGUGUUCACUCAGUUGGAAGCUUGUACGCAUUUGCCGUCAUUUAUGGGUCCGCCAGUGCUGUCAUUCAGGCUCUGUGGCCCGCAGUCAUCGGAUCGCUGAGCCGUACGCCGGAUUUGAAGAAGACAGGCAUCAGGAUGGGGAUGGCAUUUACGAUCGUCUCAUUUUCGAGUUUCACUGGGCCGCCACUGGCGGGAGCGCUCAUUCAACAGCAUGGCGGUAGCUAUACUUAUGCUAGUGUCUGGGCCGGGACUUCUUUCUUCAUCGGCGGUUCUCUGCUUAUUGCGGCUCGCUUCGCCAUAGCAGGGUGGGACUGGAGAGCAAGGGUGUGAAAUUGUGGCACUCAACGAUUGAAAUCAGUUUACCACUAGGAUAGCUGUUCCGCAAAUCUGACCACUUUUUAGAAAUUAUGCCUGAGUCAAGGUUGCCCGUCCCAGGGCUAGAGGUCCUCUUGGGUGCAGUAUGGUAAGCUACAGCAUCUCGUCGAAAGUUCUGGGGUCGGACUUACUGAACACAAACAAUGUUCGCAAGGACUGAUAUCUUUUGAGGAUGCGGCUGCCAUAUAUUAUCAACUGAUAUUUGACACUGUCCUCCGAAUGGAAAGCAAAA